UGGACGAAGUAUUCUCAAUUCCUGAAGAACGAGAUGUGGCCAUGAACAGUUCUUCUCCUGAGGACGUCGAUGAUCCAAUUGAUCAAUUCGCAUUGUUGGAUUACCUGACCAUAUUGGACGAGUUCAAGGCUGAAAACAAACAUCAUUUCAGCACUUUGCAAACAAAAAGUGCAACUAACGAACAGGUCCUUCUUAUUGACGAGUUGAUCACCGUUACCAUGAUUUUGCGAAACAUCUCAUUUAAUGGGUUCAACAAGUUCAAAAUCACAGGAAAUGAUCUUCUUAGAGAUUUGAUGUUUAGAAUUGUCAAGAUGAUUGGCUCACACUCUGAGAAGUUUCUCUACCAUAGGAAACGGUUGUGCUUGUUGAAGGACUGUCUCUUCUUAUUGUACAACAUGUCACAAGAACUUCAACUUCGUUCCCUAGAAGAGGCCUUCUUGUCGUUUGCUUUGGUUGCAUCGUUUGGACCCAAGUUGACAGAUGAUCCCGUUGUUAUCCCUCCUGCAAACAUUGAUCGAUUCACCUAUUUGCCAUAUGGUAUUGACGCAUUGACCAAAUUAUUGGUUAGGGAACCUCACAACCGGUCUUUUAUGAAGGCUGUACUCACAGGAGAUCUUUCGAACUCCAACUUCAGUACUAUUGUUGAUGACCCUGCUGCCGAUAGAGCAAACACUAGAGCACUUAUCACCAAGUACCUUGGUACCAGUGUAAUCAAUGAUGGAAGCCUUUUAACCCGGAGUUUCCAGUUGUUCCUUAGUGUAAUUCCAUUCGAUAAAAAUAGCAUGGAAUUAUCUAAAUUUGCCAGUAUCCGUACUUCUGUGGUGGUUCAGUCACUUUUUGGAGCUAAGCUUAUCAUUGACUUGGUCAACGGCGAAGACGAAGUUGCCCGCUUACGUAUUUUACCUGUGACAUGGCUUUUGAAAAACAGCAGAUCGAUCCUUCUUAACCUCAACCGUCUGAGCGUAUCGAUGAUAUCCGAAAGUGUCAAGAACGAAUAUAUCGCAUUGGUGGUCCUCAAGGCAUUGAUAAUGAUAAACUCGCUUCUUGGGAACUGUGUUUUGCUUGCCGAACAGAAUGUGCUUCCUAAACCAAUCGAAGAAGAAUUACACAAGCUCGUUCACGGUCAUCGCAUUAAUCCCGACUCAGAUAUCACUCUUGAAACGCUUCUCAACCCCACGGUUGACCGCAAUGUCGCUAAUGAGCUUGUGAGACAAUUCGGUCUCUUGACACAACUUGGGCAAUUGGUGAAACCUUAGGUUUGUAUUACUAGAAAGGGUCAUUUGAUACAGACCAGCAAUCCUAAAUUGGUAAUGUCCCAACAAUGGGUACGAAGACAAGGCCAAUUUUUCCAUAUUGUAAAUUGAAGUAGGUGAUUAAGUUCACUACUUCGAACUGUACUAUAAGUUUGUUUAAUAAAUGAUAAUUCACAA